ACCUUCCUAAUUGCGAGUAGAACUUGUGUAUUUUCUGACAACCGGAAAGCACCAUUGAUUUUUUAGAACAAAUGCAGCAGUCUCCACCACUCGAACCUUUGCAUUUUCAACGCUGCAUUUCUUUAUUUUACUAUAUACAUGUUUAUUGUUCCUAUAUAAUACGUACUAUAUGUUGUCUGUUCCCAAAUUUUCAAUUAGAAAAAACAUUCUUCUCACUGCUCACUCCCUCACGGCCUGCAACACAAGUUGUCGGCAACCACUCCAAUGCUCAAUGCUUUCUAAUUCUCCUUACCUUUGCAGGCUUGUAUAAUUCCACUGAAGACCAUUUUACAUUUGUGUCUCUGAAAUCAUGGUUUCCGGACCGAGGGCGAAAACUAGGAAAGGCCCCUCAGUUCAAGUUGAUUAUCUAAUACAUAUUCAGGAGAUUAAACCUUGGCCACCCUCACAGUCCUUGAAAUCGGUGCGGGCUAUCCUGAUCCAAUGGGAACAUGGAAAUAGGAAUGGCUUUACUAGUCAAGUUGUCCCGUCUUUAGGCUCUGGUGUUGGUGAUGGAAGAAUUGAGUUCAACGAGUCUUUUAAACUUCCCGUGACCUUACUGAAGGAAAUAUCUAUCAAAGGGGGAGAUAGAGAUGGAGACGAGUUCCAAAAAAAUUGCAUUGAGUUCAACUUGUAUGAACCCCGCCGUGAUAAGACAGUGAAAGGUCAACCUUUAGGAACCGCUAUUAUCAAUUUAGCUGAAUAUGGUGUUGUUAAGGAGGGUUUGAACGUAAGUGCCCCUAUUAACUGCACGCGGGCUUAUAGGAACACUGCACAACCCCUUCUCUUCCUGAAAAUCCAGCCAGUUGAGAGGAGUCGAAUGAGCUCAUCCUCAAGGGACAUUUUAACAAGAGAAGCGUCAGUAGACCGGAAUGGUGUUGAAUCUGUUUCUACAUUGACAAGUGAAGAAUACGCUGAGGAAGCUGAGGUUGCCUCGUUCACCGAUGAUGAUGGUUCCUCACACUCAUCAGUUGCUGUUUCUUCUUCAGCUAAUGGUUCGAACUGUGGUUCACUACUACAAGGAGAGGAUGAAGCUGAGGGAGUGAAAAAUGACCCUGGACAAAAUGAAGAUGAACAUGUCAUACAUUCAAAGAAAACAUCUGCUGAUAUGGAUGAGAAGACAGUGGUGGAAUCGUUAUCGAAUUCGAAGGCUUGUUUGUCUCAGUCUUCAACUGAUUUGUCUUCUGAUUUGGCAUGGCUCUCAAGGAAAAUUGGUGGUAGUGGUAGCAAUAAAUUGCCAACAUCAGGUGUGAAUGAAAUAACUGAAAACACUCAGAAUCCAUAUGUGAUAACCGAACAUGUCAAACCAGUACAACAAAUGGAACGAAUAGUGGUUAAUAGUGAAAGUGGUGGUGAAAUAUAUACUCCGCAAAGUUCCAUAGAAAGGAGGGUCAAUAGUCAUCUAGAUCAAGAAGAUUUUCCAAUCUCACAUAUCACAGAUGAGUGUAAGAGCUUUAUGAAUGCUGAGAAUGCUUCUACUCCUGUUGGGAAUAGGCAAGAGGAUGCGAGAGCUGUUGUUACCGAGAAUGGUUCGUAUGAGGGUGAAAUCAGUGAGAAUUAUCAAGAGAGGAGGCAAGAAUCUGGUGCACAUAACAGAGAGAAUUAUCAGGAAAAUGAACAAGUACAAGAAAUUGUUGAAGAGGAAGAAAGUGAGGAUGCUAUGAAGAAUGACUCGGAAGAAAGUGGCGUAAAUUCUGCUGACACGGAUAGUUGUGGAACAAAGAGUAGUAUCUUGAAUAAUGAGAGAUUAAAGCAUGUGAAGUCAGUUAGGUCAUCAGCAGAACCUAACAGGGUAAACGGGUCUGUCAGAGGCAAUCAGAUCUGUGCUCGAGGUUUAUCAAUUGAGAGGAAAGAUCGAAAGGAACAGUCAACAGACACAUCAAGAAUUAUUUUGGAAAGCAAACUCCAUAAGUUGGAGCAAAGAGUAAAGAUGGCUGAAGGAGAAUUGAGAGAAGCUGCUGCAAUUGAAGUUGGCCUUUAUUCGGUUGUUGCAGAGCAUGGAAGUUCCACAAAUAAGGUCCAUGCUCCUGCUAGACGCCUGUCAAGGUUCUAUUUCCAUGCCUGUAAAGAAGACUCUCUAUUGAAAAGGGGAACUGCUGCUAAAAGUGUCGUCUCUGGAUUAAUUUUGGUUACAAGGGCAUGUGGAAAUGAUGUUCCUAGGUUAACUUUCUGGUUAUCAAAUUCGCUGGUGCUAAGAGCAACUAUAAGCAAGUUCCAGAGAGAGCAAAAAGCUGUAUACAGGGACAAGAAACAGAUAUCGUCUCCACUUAAGUGGGAGGCUUUCUCCAGCAAUGGUAUUAGGGAUGAUUUUUGUGAAAGUUUUGGCAAUUGGGAGGACCCUCGUACAUUAACUAGAGCACUUCAGAGAACAGAAGCUUGGAUAUUCUCCCGUAUUGUUGAAUCUAUUUGGUGGCAGACUCUCACUCCACAUAUGCAAUCUGGUGCUGCAAAAGAAAUCCGCGAAAGUAUGAAUUCCUUGAUAAGCAAAGUUUAUAGAAGGACAGCAAGUUCAGAUAAUGAAGAGCGUGGAAGUUAUUCUUCACAGCUUUGGAAGAAAGCCUUCAAAGAUGCAUGUGAAAGGAUUUGCCCUGUUCGAGCUGGAGGGCAUGAGUGUGGUUGUAUGCAUUUUCUACCCAAACUGAUAAUGGAACAAUGUGUGGCGAGAUUGGAUGUAGCUAUGUUCAACGCCAUCCUUCGAGAGUCUGCUGAUGAGAUUCCUUCAGAUCCUAUAUCAGACCCGAUUAGUGAUGCCGAUGUUCUUCCAAUUCCAGCUGGAAAGGCUAGCUUUGGGGCGGGGGCACAGCUGAAAAAUACGAUUGGGAAUUUGUCCAGAUGGCUUACUGACCUUUUCGACAUUGAUGAUGGAGAAUCACUAGAAGAUGGAAAAGAGGCAGAUAAUAAUGAAAAGGAUGCGAGUAAAGAACUUGACACCUCCGCAAAGUCUUUCUACCUUCUUAAUGCAUUGAGUGAUCUUAUGAUGCUUCCCAAGGAUAUGCUUUUAAGCAGGACAAUGAGAAAAGAGCUAUGUCCGGCAUUUGGUCCAUCACUAAUAAGAAGGGUUCUUAAUAUAUUUGUCCCAGAUGAGUUUUGCCGUGAUUCAAUACCUGAAGCUGUACUAGAAGCUCUUCUCUCAGAGGAACCUUCUGAGGCUGAGGAAGAUUCUGUUAGAAACUACCCAUGCACAGCAGCUCCUGUGGUUUAUAUGCCACCUCCAAUAGCUUCAGUAGCCGGUAUGUUAGGUGAUGGUUAUAGCUAUUCUAAGCUGACACGAAGUGGAUCUUCAGUGCUCAAAAAGUCGUACACAAGUGAUGAGGAGCUCGAGUUAUUAGAUUCACCGUUGAAUCUUAUCAUGAGCGAUGGCAUUAAAGCUUCACAGUCUUUAGCAAAAUCUAGUUCGAUGCCAAAAAGUAGUGGAAGGCAAAGGUACCAACUCCUUCGUGAGGUUUGGAUUGACAGCGAGUUAACAGACUAGUUAUGGCGUUAAAAGAUCGUUCUUGAUUUGCAUCUGAAGGAAGGUAUGGAUCAACAGUGAGCAUAUGAUUUGUGGAUAUGAUAAGCACUUGUUAUGUGUCUUCAUGUGUAGAUAUUGAAGGAGUUUGGUGUCUGUAGAAACGAUUUAAUAAACUUGAAAAAAAGAGAGGCCUUUACGAUUUAAUAAACUUGAAAAAAAGAGAGGCCUUUUUCUUUCCAUUAUUGAGAUAUCGCACUUGAAUCUAUAAUACAUUCUUCUGUUUCUA